AUGCCUUUCCACAACGGCAUCCUCCCCAGAGAAGGUAUUACCGGAGAUGUGUUUGGGAGAUUCGUCAAGCGUACAGCUUUCAAUCCCGCCUUGACCCUCGCCCUCGUCCUCCUAGCUCGCUACACCAAGCGUGGUUCGGAGCUCGCUCUGCUCCAUCCCACAGCCUUGUCCCGUCUGCACAAGCUUCUCUACUUUGGCAUCUUCCGCUGGGUAACGGGAUGGCUCGAUGCUGGAGCUCUGGACAACUGGAAGAAAGACACUUAUGAUUGGGAGAACAAGGAGGUCGUCGUGGUCACGGGUGGUGCUGGUGGAAUUGGUGGACAAGUUGUAAAGUUGUUCGCGGAGAGGAACAUCAAAGUAGUCGUCUUGGAUGUCAUUCCCAUGACCUUUGAAGCUUCCAGGAGCUCCAGCUGA